GCUUCCGUAGUUAGCAAAGAGCGUUGGUGCAGCGUCUUUUAGCUUGUCCGUUUGACCCGACGAAGCUCUUCAGCUUCCCAACGAAACUGGAGGCUUUUUUUACUAACCCAGACAGGUUCAUUUUCUGAUGCUUAUUUGGCCCUUUUGUCGGCACCGCGAGGAUGUCUCCAAAACCUUUCGCACCUUUGGCCAAAAAGUGGAUGAAAGGCAUCAUUGUCAUUGAACUACUUGGCGUUUUUGGUGCAUAUGCACUCUUCCACGCCAUGAACACGAGCCAAGAUUUCAGGAGCACAAUGAAGCGAAGAUUUCCAUCCAUUCUGGAAGUUUACUACAAGUCCAACGAGCUGGCGGGCGAGUACGGUGUGCGGCAGAGAGAUCAACUGGAUUGGGCGACCGACGCCGGUGGCCGCUGACGACUACUUCCUCUUCCUCUUGUUGCCCAUCAUGACCGUCGUCGUCUUGACGCCGCGUCCGAAGCGCUUCCUCUUGUUGAAGGCGGCCUUCUUCCUGCGCAGCGUCUUGGCGUCCCGGUCGUGGAUCCAGUCGUCGCGUUGGCUCUCCCACUUUAGCUGCUUCACGCCUGCACACCACGUCACCCAAUUUUGUGAUCAACUUUCCGACACAAGGAAAAUUUGGGCUCACUACUACUCUGAAGUUCAUUUUUAAAGGACAAGGACCUUGAAACUAAGAUUUAUUGCCAACCGGAGGCACUACUGUAGAGUACAAUAAUCCAGACUCAAACUGAAAAGACGACUACUACGAGUUGUACAGUUGAAACUCGUUUCAACGUACCCCGGGGGACAUGACGAAUCUGUACGUUAUAAAGCUAGUUUGUUGUAACAAUUUCUAAUAAAAUGGCCGCCAACUACGAUGUAUACUACAGUAUGAACAUUGACAGGUGCAACAAUAUGAACAUGUAAAACAGGAUAAACAAGUCAGCUACAAAUGCGUGUAUAUGAAGUAAAAAUGAUUUUCGAAGACAUGAAACCACUGCAGCGUUCCUACUUCAUUUCUGAAAACAUUCGGUCAGCAAAUGGUCAUCGCAUUUUGUGUCUCAGAUUUUGAAUGUGAGAGACACUUUUCAGCCUUCAAAGUCGGCAAGAUAUUUUCAGACCAUGUGCUCAGGAGCGAUCAGUAGCGUUGCUAAUCAACGGAGGGGAAUCCCACGAUCUACAUUUGGUUCAUAAGCAAGGUCGAGGCGGCAGUUAGCUUCCCUUGGUUCGUUGUAACGAAGGCCUUUUCACCAUGUACUGGGAAAAAUCUGGUCGCUAUAAAGGUGUUCGUUGGAAGCAAAAUCGGCAAAUGGAUCAUGAAUUACGUGAAAUCGGGACUUGUGAAUUGGGAACGUUAUGGGGGCGGAAAUGUAAAUGGGGUAAUGUUGAAACGGGGUUCCACUGUAUUCCGUAAUUUGCUGUCGUAUUACUCAUUUUAUGCAGAGGAUAAAAAAUAUAUGCCGGUGAAUAUUGUUAUAUUGUCUCCGUUGUGCCAGUCAUUUAUUCCCAGCGACAUUUGAACCAUUAACCCGCACUGAGCUGCACGGGUGUGCAGCAGACGACUUACCAGCAGCUUUGCAAUAAAA